ACGACCAGCAAUUGUGAAAACAGCUACAUUCGCCAAACGUAUUGGCUUUGCAAGCUGUCCAAGCACAAAUUGCAAUAAAAGCAAAAACAUUUAUAUACUACGUGUUUGCUAUUUAUUCCAAGUCCAAACGACGAUACCAGAUUAAACAAAUAUGCCACAAACCAUUCAAAUGACGAAUGAACAGCUCCGUGAGCUCAUCGACGCAGUUCGUGCGACCGCCGUGAGUGCUGCCGGAAAUGCUGCUGCCGGCACAAUCGAGGCUACCAAAUCAAAGGGUAACUUCAGUGCGUGCACGACACGGUUUGGGGGAGCGCGUGAACACGAUCAGGUCGAGGAGUUCAUCACAAGUAUUGUCACCUACAAGGAGGUGGAAGACAUAUCCGACGAGAGCGCACUGAAAGGACUGCCACUACUGCUCUAUGGCAUCGCGUCGACCUGGUGGCAGGGUGUUCGGAAAGAGGCCAAAACGUGGAAUGAUGCUAUUGCUCUCAUACGUGAGAAUUUUUCGCCCGCAAAACCCGCCUACCAGGUCUAUAUGGAGUUCUUUGAGAAGAAACAGGAGGACAAUGUUGCCAUUGACACGUUUGUGGUGCAAAAACGUGCGCUGCUCGCUCAACUGCCCGAGAAUCGUCACGACGAGGAGACCGAGCUGGACUUUUUAUAUGGCCUGCUGAACAUAAAAUACCGCAAGCAAAUUCCCCGCCAAGACAUCAAAACCUUCCGCAGUCUGCUCGAACAGGGUCGCAUUAUAGAGCAUAAUAAUCAGGAGGAUGAGGCAGCCGCCACAGGUCCGUUGCGUGGCGCCAAAGGCACGAAACGCUGCACCUACUGUAAUUUCCGUGGCCACACAUUUGAGCAGUGUCGGAAGCGUAAGCAGUCCGCCGAUAUCGCAGAAUAAAAAGCACAAACAACACACAACACUUUCCGGCAUGAGCAACAACACCAGCAACUUCAAAGUGCGCAGGGCGCACAAUGAACUUAUUCAAUGUCCAUGCCAAAUAACAACAACCACAUUAGUAAAACAGCUUACUCCGCCGCGCUGGCCAUCAUAUUGGUGAGAACGACGCUAUUUACAACAGCAACAUCAACAGAAACGGGAACAUCGACGACAAGAGAGCAACAAUAUCAACACCAGCAACCGCAGCAUAAAGCUUUCAAAGCUUUUAGUUAAGUUCUCAUUUCUCAUUUGCUCACUAAGUGAGGCGCCGGCAAGCAGAGCAAGACUGACUCAUUUUCGAUAGCCGCAUCAUCCUGUUGUGCUGGUUGCAUGCACUUGGAGGCCCUUUCAACUUGUUGCUUUGGGUGGCUUUGUGCGUGUUUCAAGCCACAGGUUUUUGUGGCUUAUCAUUGCAAUUUUCAGUCACGCUGCACAUGCGGCUAACAAUUUGGCUACGAACGCCAUUUCACAAAAUUUGAAACCUUAUUCAAAGAUACUCGUCCUUUUUGCAAACUCUUAAACUUAGAGUUUACCAUUGACACUCGAGCGGUACAAGACAUGGGCGACGCCAACGCACACAUUUCGCCACAAAAGCCAAGUGACUGAUCUAGUGCGCUGCUGCAAGCAGUGGCGUCGGCCAGGCGUUACAAUUUUGUGCAAUUCCUUUGGGUUGCAUGGGAAAGUACGUAUGGCCGGCACAGCGGCUCUGCUGCCCUGCAUUGAGAGCAGCACUUUUUGGCCAGGGUGUUGAGUACGAGGGCGUUGUUCAUGUCCCUGUAUCGUUCAAAAUCUUGUCUUAGCCUUGUGCCUGUAUGGGCAGAUGCAGCGUGUACGUAUGGCGGUCAAGUUAAAGCACUGCUUCUCUGGUCCCGACCUAAGGACAAUGCUUUGAUUUGUCGCUUAUGUUUGCGCAUGUGUUUGCCAUUCCAUGCGGGUCCUUUGCCAAGGCGAAAAAAACCCCCCCGCUCGGUGUUUACGUGCUGAUCCUUUUGUGCGUCGCAAACAUAAGGCUGGGCUCCAAGUUGUGUGCAGCUUGUCAGGCAACACCUUUGCUGAGCGUUGGACACCUCUUGUGGGUGCUUUCAGUGCUGGCUUUGGUGAAGCGCCGCUUGCUAAAUAUAAUUUGAAGUGCUGCUUUGCGUGUGCGACUUGCACAAUAGGAACUGCGCGGAGGUGCUGGGCUAAACAAAUUUCUUCGGAAAUUUGAAAAAACCAACUUUUUUGACUUUUUGUCAAACAAACACAACAUAUGUUGCUCUACGAUGGCUAUGUUGUCGCCAUUCGAGCAAUUGGCGCGCCUAAUUGCCAGUAUGGGCGUUAUGCCCUUCUGCUUUGCAAGCUUUAGGCACCAUUAUUUAUCACAAACACACCCGCGGCCCAAGGUUCGUCGCUUCAUCGCCCCUCCAGCGAACGGCGACUGCCUUGGGCCCCAACUAUAAACUCAACUUUCUGUGUGGAAUCCAUAGGCGCGUAAUGUUAUCCAUGAGUUUGAUUGAUGCUGACUUUGUACAUGGUGCUGGAAUGUGGAGAACCAGCCUCGAGCCUUGAUACAAAUUCAGCCCGCUUUUCCCACUAGCCUGCUUAUGCGUUUUAGUGUAUGCAAUCGGGAAAUAGUGGGGGCCUAUCGAAACCACAGAAAGUUGCGGUUGAAAACAAAAAUUAAUACAAAAUACAACAAUACAAGUACCAAAUACAAACCCUAGUUCAAAACUGAA